AGAAAGGAAGAGAGACACAGUCAGUGAAAAUACAUUCUGCAGAGCAGUUGACUAGUACUGCAGUGAUAUGAAGUUUGCUGAACUGACAUGUGUGUACAGACACUGACACAGUGAAGGUGAUGGGUUACCUGUGCUGAUUCCCAGAAGCCCUCUUCUCCAAGAGCCCAUCUGUGGACAGAGGAAGACUGGCCUGCUGCUGGCAAGGAUGAGGCCCCGAAUGGAGAGGCCCAGCCUGGCUCUGUCCCUUCUGCUGCUGGUUAUAUACUGCCCUGGAGAUUUGUGGGGACACAACAAAAUGAAAUGUACUCCAAGUGUUCAAAUAAAGCGCCAUACAAGAUAUAAGGCUGUGGAAAAAGAAUCCCUGAAGAUUACCUGUCCUGUAUACAGCUGUGGCCAGACUUUCAACCUUGCCUGGUGUAGACUUGACAAUGUGGACUUCUGCAGACCUGUAAACAUAACACACAGCAUCAAAUAUGGGUUGGAAAAACCUAAAGAAGUUGGGGAAUUGGAUUAUUUCUUCCUGUUUUUUGCAAAUAUAAGCUUGGAUGACGCUGGGAGAUACAGGUGUGGCAUCUCCAAUUUUGUCAGCAAGUAUGUUAGUCAUUCCAUCACUGUCAAUUUUACAGAGUCUCUUGACAAUGGGAAUGAAAACAGCUACAGCAGCAAAAGCAUAUUAACAGAGGAAGAACUUCAAGGCUACAACUGGAUUCCUUACUUUUCCAUCUGUACUAUCAUACUAGCCGUGGUCAUCAUGGUGAUGAUGAUUUCCUUUUUGUGCAUAUAUGGAUGUAAACGAUUACAAGGAUCAAGAAAUGCACAUGCAAGCUGCUGUCAGUACAACGCCACAAAGGAUAUGCAUGGGAUAAGCACAGCCAAUCAGACAACUGUUGACAGGAACAGCAGUCAUGCCCAUGACAAUGAGCUGGACAGGCAUGAGAGUUCCAUGAUAUAUGUGACCUUGAACAACCAGUCCAGACAAGAGGGCUCUGCUCACAGAUCCGUUGCGCUGGAAGACCAUACAGAGUACGCCACCAUCCGGGUCUCCUGAUCCCAGAUCAGCGCUAUGUUCAGGUAUUGACGGGUCAUAAAUUCAUGACUGGUUCACAGCAUGUCUAAGAUGCUCACAGGAUGAUUGUAGGAUUUUCAUGUCAUUGACAUCUCAGAGGUUUGUUCUAGAUGUACUCACAAACAACCACAAUCAGUUCCUGACAUGAGGAAUGUGUGUUGCCUGCUUGUUUGUGCAUGUUCAAGGAACGUUUGUGAUCGGCACGAUAUGUUUAAUGAAUGUUGGGAUUUUAAAUGCUUGCAUUAUUGUUUGCAGCUCAGGAAGUAUUUGGGAUAUUAAGAUAUUAAGAUUUUGCUGCAGAGUUUAGACUCUCAGGAGGUGCGCUAAUAUUGUACUUAAUUUAUUUCUUAGUCUCUGUGUCAUGGUAAAAUGACUUGACCAAGCAGAAAUAAAUCUGCCUUGGUUAAUUAAGGUGUGAGUGUGCAUGUUUUCAUUGCAUGUCUCUGUAUAUCAGUGUAAAGGUGAAUGUUCAACUUCGACUGGUGCUUUGUAUCUAUGUUAUUUAACUCCAUUAAAGUUAAAUAACAAACACAGUCAAAAUGGUGAUUCUCUAUAUACCUAUCCAUAUGAGCACUAUCAGUCUUGAUAUGAUUUCCUGAGACUGGUUGAACCAGGCCAUGUUCUUGUCCAGUAAGUAAUUUCUGUUUAGCCUGCUGACCUCAAUUAAAAUUCUCAGAAAAACUCUGAAUUUAGCUUUCCAUCAGCGUUGUUUGGUUGUUAGGUUCUAUAAUAAAGACUUUUAUAUACCAUUUAAAA